AUGGAACCAAUCAUCCAUCCCAUAUUCGAGAAACAAACCUCAACAUGGCAAUACAUCGUAGCCUGUCCAGAGACACACGAAGCCGUGAUCAUCGACCCAGUCCUCGACUUCGAUCCAUCCCAACUCACCGUGACUACGACCUCAGCCGAUGCGCUUCUUGAUUUCGCGGCCUCAAAAGGCUACCAUAUCACGCGAAUCCUCGAGACACACGCUCACGCCGACCAUCUCACCGCAGCCCACUACAUUCAGACCAAGCUUCAUCAACAGCGCUCAUCCUCUUCAUCAACAGAAUCAAAGACAAGUCCCAAAAAAGUCCCCAUCUGCACCGGCCACCGCAUCCGCCAAGUCCAAGCCACAUUCGCACAACGAUACAACAUCCCGCCCAACGACAUCGACACCGCAUUCGACCACCUCUUCCAAGAUGACGAGACCUUCCAAAUCGGACGUAUCACCGCCCGAGUCCUCCAUCUGCCCGGCCACACGCCCGAUCACAGUGGGUACAUGAUAGGCACCAAUGUAUUCACGGGAGACUCGAUCUUCAAUCCGGAUGUGGGCAGUGCGCGGUGUGAUUUCCCGCAUGGAGAUGCUCGCGCCUUGUAUCAGACUAUGCGGAAGCUGUUGGCGCUACCGGAGCAUGUUAAACUAUAUACGGGGCAUGAUUAUCCGCCUGCUGUGGAGGGGGGUGCUGCUACUACUACUACUUCUGUACGGGAGCCUAAGGCUUUUGUAACAGUUAAGGAUCAGAAAGAACGAAAUAAGCAUGUGAAGGAGGGGACGGGAGAAGAGGAGUUUGUGAAAUGGAGACAGGAGAGGGAUGCUGGGCUAGGCGAACCUCGUCUCUUGCAUCCUUCGUUGCAGGUUAACGUUCGGGGUGGAAGGAUGCCUUGGGUUGAUACGGGGAAUCGGCGGAGAGCGUUUCUUUGGAUGCCUGUGAAAGUUCCCGAGACUUUGGGGAAUAGGAGAGGUGUAUCUACAAUGACUACGUCGUCGGCGGCUAGGAUCGGGGGUAGUUCACAGGCUGUUCUGAGGUCUGUUGAUAGGUUAAGGAUGGUUAUGCGGAGAUUAACUGGGCAUUAUUUGUGA